AUGAAUGAAAAAAGGGCAAAAGGAUUAUGUUAUUUCUGCAAUGAAAAGUAUGUACCAGGCCAUAGAUGUAAUAAUUCUAAACAGUUGUACAUAUUGGAACUGGAGGAGAUAGAGGAAGGGCCUUAUACAGGGGAAGUGCAGGAGUUAGAAAUUCAAGUUGAAGGAAUAAACCUAUUGGAAUCAUCUCAAGGUAUGGAACAAAUGGAAAUUUCCAUCCAUGCUCUGAAUGGUUCAUUGGGUUACAGAACUCUUAAGGUUACUGGUUAUCAUGCAAAGAAGGCCCUAAGUAUAUUGAUUGAUACUGGUAGCUCACAUAAUUUCAUAGAUCCUGAAUUGGUCAAACACCUAGGGUGUAAAAUUCAAUCUACUAAACCUCAAUUAGUAGCUGCAGCUAAUGGGAACAUGAUGGUAGAUAGAGUAUGUACAAUCACUUGGCUACUACAAGGUGCUGAGUUUUCAGCAAAGUUUUUACUGUUACCUUUGGGCUCAUGUGGAGUAGUGUUGGGAGUGCAAUGGCUACUAACACUGGGGGAUAUAAAAAUGAACUUUAGGAAGUUAACCAUGGAGUUUUGGUAUAAAGGCAGAAAACACCUUCUUAGAGGUGCUGGCAAUCAAGUGAGGGUGCAGGAAGCUGAGAAAUUAGCCAAACAUACAGGAGAUAUGUCUCAAUUGUGUAUGAUUCAAGUGGUGCCUAUGGGGGAGACAGAAGAUCAAUGGCAUGCCAUUAAAACUGAUGAGGACCCUGUGAUAAAUGAUGGUAUAACUCAAUUGCUCAAGGAAUAUUCUGCAUUAUUUGAAGAACCUACUGGAUUACCUCCUUCUAGGGGUAUCUUUGAUCAUAGGAUUGUACUACAAAAUGGUACUGAACCUGUGAAUAAAAGGCCUUAUAGGUAUCCUUCAGUCAAAAAGGAUAUUAUUGAGGGUCUUGUGCAGCAGAUAUUAGAUCAAGGCAUUAUUCAACCUAGUUGCAGCCCUUUUGCAUCACCAGUAGUACUUGUGGGAAAAAAAGAUGGAUCAUGGAGGUUAUGUGUUGAUUAUAGAGAUCUUAAUAAGCACAUUGUGAAGAAUAAAUUUCCUAUUCCUAUUGUGGAAGAUCAAUUAGAUGAGCUUGGAGGAUCUAAGGUCUUUUCUAAAAUAGACUUAAGAUCUGGAUAUCACCAACUCAGAAUGGCAAAGGAAGAUGUGCCUAAGACUGCCUUUAGAACUCAUUCUGGUCAUUUUGAAUACCUGGUUAUGCCAUUUGGACUAUCAAAUGCUCCUGCAACUUUUCAAGGAUUAAUGAAUUCUGUUUUUUAG